AUGGCGUCGGCCGGCCUGCCCUGGCUGCUCAGCCGCUUCCCGGCCGCAGCGUGGAGACCGGCAAGAUCACCCCCUCUGUGUCAUUCUUUGAGGAAAACGAAUUCUUCUCAAGGAGGAAAGUCUGAACCCGUCAAACAGUCCCUGAAGAAGCCAAAGUUACCAGAAGGCCGUUUUGAUGCACCGGAAGAUUCCCAUUUAGAGAAAGAACCACUGACAAAAUUUCCAGAUGACGUUAACCCUGUUACCAAAGAAAAAGGUGGACCCAGGGGCCCGGAACCUACCCGCUAUGGAGACUGGGAACGAAAAGGACGCUGUAUUGAUUUUUAAGCCAUUUAUUCUUUAACUUCAGUGUCUUUUUCUGAAUAUGCACAUCUGAAUUAACUGAUUAUUUUCUUUCUGUAUAUCCUUUAAGUCAUCUAAUUUCUAUAAUGUGUUAAAAAAUAUGUAUGAUGGCUUUGGAAGAAAAUUUGCUGCUAUAAAUUAGGAAAGGGAAAAUAUUUCUACAUUAGCACUUUAAUUUUAAUUUAAAUGUAUCAAGGUAUAUAAGUGAUGAGAAAAGCAAACUUUUCUUUCAUCAUUUUUCAGUUUAAUCAGUUGCUUAUAAAAUGCAAAUGUAAAUAAAAUAACUUUUUUUAAUGAUUGCAUUGCCAUGUGCUAGGUAAUAGUGGCUUUUUAAAUGUGAGUUAAGUCGUGCAUUAUAGUUUGAGGAGGCCACAGUAACAACAGAAAAUCUUUAACUCAGAGCCAGAUGACUUGGGUCCAAAUCCUGGCUGUACUACUUACUAGCUAUGUGACCUUGGAUAAGUUAUUUAACUUCUCUGUGCUUUGGUAUCUUUAUGUGUAAAUUGGAGAUAGUACUAAUUCCACCUCAUAGGGCAGUUGAGAAGAUUAAAUGAGUAAAUACAAGUAAACCAUUUGGAGCAGUGCAUAGCACAUACCACAGUAAGGUUGGCUAUCCUUAAACCAUAAAUGUAUUUUUCCAAGUCUCUAGGAUUCCUGGGGGAAAAGAUUAACAAACUGAAAUUUGAAAUACUAGAAUUGAAAUUGUUUUAUAUGAAUAUAACAUUAAAAGUCAUUAGUUGGGAAGUUAGUGGUUAUUUACAUGAGUGAACUGAGCUGAAAUAUACAUUAGUUUGUGACAUGAAAUUCAGGUACAGAGGGCAAAUAGGAGAAAAGCAGGGAUGGAAUGGACCAGCUCAGUCAGUUUUGAUGACUCGGAAGCUCCUGCCCUGUGGCCUUUGGACACCUGGGUCGGGGACAGUCAGGUCCAGUUGAUGGAUCUGGAAUGAGGAAGGAUGGGAACUGCUGGACUCCCUAAGGCAUCCUUCGCUGUCCUGUGGCCUCACUCGGUCACAGGAUCUGGGCCUUCAGCCCCCAGGGGACACUUGAAUUACUUAGAAAGAGAGGGUUUGCAAAGCCCGCAGAAGACAGAAUGCAGUGGGGGAUAUUGUAUGACAUGAAUUAUAAGUGCAAUAUUAUUUGAGAAGAUUGUGGGGAGACUUAUUUAAGAGAAUAAGCUUUU